CUCACUCUGUAUCCUAGGGAACCCGGUCAGACUUGGUUCGACCGAUCCCAUAACGGGAUCAGCGCUUGGAUCAACAGGAUGAUGUAUUCCGACCUCAAGAAGGGAUACGCAACCUUCACAGUGAUGCCGAGGGAUGAGCAGGAGCUCUGGUUUCGUCAGUUUGCUCAAGAGUUCAACUGGCAUCCGGAUAACACGACGUUCAUCCGCAACGCCUUCAUCCACAAAUGUAUGGAUUCAUAUUCCGGGCAAAUAUAUGAAUGGAAGCAGAAGUGGCUAGCGGAUAAGGUCCCAAAGUGGAUCAACAUGACCACUUGGGAGGAGUUGUGUGUCCAUUGGGACAAGGACUCGACGAAGCAGGUCUCUAACACCAACUCCGCCAACCGCAAGAGCGAUCGUGGCGGGAAGGGCAUGUACAAGCACAAUUUGGGUGCUCAGUCUAUUCCCACUCUCGCAGACAAGAUGGCGCAAGAAAAUGAAGGUGAGCCCGUGGGUGAUUUCCCUUUGUACAAGAGGAUCCACACCAACAAGACCACGGGCCAGAUUGAUGACGGUCUUGCGCAGGAGGUUGUCUCCCUGGUGGACAGUAUGACACAAGACGAGGAGGCCCGUCUCUCCCAGAUCCAGGCCGAUCUCGAUCUUGACGCCACAUCUACUGAGUCCACUGCCCUCUCUCAAGUCCGAAUCAACGAGCUUCUUGAAUCGGUAAGAUAUUUUGUAAAUAUCAAUUUACUUAUUAAUUUUAAAAUUUUUUUUCUAUGAUUAAGAUUUUAAAUU